CUAAGUGCUCACUCACAGCCAGACAGAGACACAGAGGAACCCUCUUGUCAGGUUUCUCUCUGAUCCUGCAGAGCAUCAGCAUUUUAACAGAUUAAUUUCUCCAUUGUUUCCCUUCUACACUGGGCUCUCUCUGUUUUUUCUUUUUCCUCAGAUAACUGUGUCGAUGGCAGUCAUUCUUCUAAAUAUCUGAUUUUCAGGAGCAAAAACUUGGCCUCGUCACUCCUCUCUGUAUUGCAGACGGGCGAGCGUGACGCAUGGACACUGACAGGGCGCACACCUCUUACUGAGAAACUUCAUUUUUGAGGCUGAAAGUUCAGAUUGUACAAGAGUUUUUCUUUUUCUUUUUGAUAUUUCAAUAUUUUUUUAAGGAUGCUCAUCUUAACUUGGAAUAGAUGCUGUGUUGUGAUGUUUCUCGUCGCUACACUGAAGACGGGGACAUCCCAGAUACCAGAGGCGCGCCCGAAAGCGAACUUAAUCAAACCAGCUCUAUCGGAAGAGACAACUACACCCGCUACAAACCGCACAGCCACUGUCCACGCCGGGAUCACCAAGAAAUAUAACAUCCUUGCGCAGGUGUAUCCAUGCAGCAACGACAAGGAGUGCAGCGUGGGAAGCUACUGCCACAGCCCUCAACAGGCUCCCUCUCGGUGCCUCACCUGCCGCAGGAGGAAGAAGCGCUGCCAUCGAGAUGCCAUGUGCUGUCCUGGGAACCGCUGCAGUAACUUUAUUUGUGUGCCUAUCUCUGAGAGCGUGCUCUCACCUCACAUCUCGGCUUUAGACGAGCAUAACAAACUCUCCACCAAAGACCACAGCUGGAGGAAGAGCGGGAAGGCACAUGCUAAGCAUUCUCUUAAAGGGCACGAAGGCGACCCUUGCCUGCGCUCCUCCGAUUGCUCGGAGGGCUACUGCUGCGCCCGCCAUUUCUGGACCAAAAUCUGCAAGCCGGUGUUGAGGCAGGGAGAGGUGUGCACCAAGCAGAGGAAGAAAGGCUCUCACGGCUUGGAAAUCUUCCAGCGCUGUGACUGUGCCAAGGGCCUUUCCUGCAAGGUGUGGAAAGACGCCACCUCCUCAUCCAAGUCCAGGCUCCACAUGUGCCAGAAGAUCUGAAGCGGGGGCAGCUGCUGUCGGCAUAUAGAGGCCUCCGUCUCCAUCUGCCAAGGAAAGAUUUUUAAAAGAUGGUUUGUGGCUGUAUUGAAAAGGAGUAAAAGACAAAGACUAACAAGAGACAGAAAAGACUGAGUGGGUCCAAGCUCGCUAUUCAGCGUGCAGAGAGUGAAUGGGAUUGCUUUUAUGUGUUUGCUGUGAGUGGUCCAUCCCUGCACCCACAUACAAACAUGCACCGUCACACACAUGCACACACACUUCAUGGUUUUGUGAGAUUAAGGAGCUGGUGUGUUUGCUCACAGACAAACUUUUCACACGUUCUCAUGACAUUCAGGGAGCCACAAAGUUAGCCAGUAGAUGCUGUGAUAGACGUGGAACUUUUCAUAGAUGGAGGUAACAGACGUAGCAGUCUCUCAUCAGGCUUCAACUUAUAAUAAGACCGAUAGACUCUUUGCAGACAAGCCAUAUUUUUACUGCACUCUUUACCAAACUCCAGAGUCAAAGAUCUGUUGUGUGAUGUCUUUUGUUUCGUGGAUCACAGCAGCUCUAAGACUUUUUCUGGAUCAGCCAUAAUUUGUUACCUGUUCUCUCAAAUUUCAAUAUCUCACUCUUCUUGCUGUUUGUUUUAAGGAAUUCAGCUGUUGCUAUGCAAGAUAUUCACGACCAGUAACAAUGUCCAGACCCACAAAAUACCAGUCAUAUCAUAUGAGGAACUAAUUGCAUACACUGUUCACUCCGGAGCUUGACUUGUGUAACAGCAUCCUGAGACUUCAGUGCGAAGCGUAAUACUCUUAAACCAAAGAAUGAAAGAAUAUUUACAUCAGAGUGAUGAGUUUCAUCUGGGACAUUAGCUCCUCGCCCCAUUUUCAGCCACAAGAAGAGAGAUAAAGUAUUGUGUCCGUUGUGGAGAGCUCGUUUGAUCUGUCAGAUACAGCUGCAAUCUAUUGUGAUACAACUGUGUGGGUUAAAACGGUUUGCACUGAGGUAGUGCUCCGCUGCAGACUUAGUGGUCCCGAUACCAGACCAGAGAAUGUUUCUGCUUUUCCAAUCACAUGAACAGGAUUCAAGCAUACCAUGGAAGUGCAGUUUUUUCCAUUUGCAAAGCCAGUAGGAUUGAAGACGUGAAAAGAUUGAUUAGAGUUGCAAAAAUGCUCCAUAAACCUGAUGUUUACAAGAGAAAUGCAAUUUGAAUCAACAUUUCGUUGAUGGCACACAGCCCUGUUUAUUUUUUCAGCUAUGACUGCAUCAUCUGUUUCAUGAAAUCCUGUGCAGUUUUGUUGUACUGGAGUUGAAGCGAUGCUUUUUUCCUCCUGAUACAACUUCUUAAACAACCACUUGUUACCUACAUAGUCAAUAUAAUAUCUCAUUUGCCUCUUUUUGCUUUGAUGUUUUUAGAGCAUCAACUACACAUAUUUUGUAACCAUUUAAAAUAUCAAUAAGCUCUUAUAUUGUAAAUAGACUGGAAACAAUGAAAAUGUAUUUAAGAACCCAUGUAUAUCAUGUACAUAUAAUAAAAUAUGAAUCUUAAGCGUUACAGCAAAAAUGAUCUAGGUGAGCGGAUUAAUGAGGGAUGAAAUAGGACGAGCACAGCUGGAUAGAUUCGAAAUAAUGUAGCUGAAAUGAUAAAUGUUGUGUGUAUAGGCAGAGGGGGAAAGACAUAGACAGAUCUGACUGAUAUUACAGACUGGAUGCAUCGGAAGGAUAUUUGCAAAACAAGAGGCAAGCACAUUAAGUUCCAAAAUAGUUUGUGUAAAUGGUGUGUAAAUGGUGUCAAGAUUUAUAUCCCACUAAAUAUUGUUUGUGUUGAUACUUUGCAUUGAUUUGUUUUGUGUAUUUACAGUGAUGAAUGAA